AGCCACUUCCGCCUUGCAGUUCAAAAUGGCCGCUAGAAAGAGAACACAGGAGGAGAAAAAUCUAAAAACGCUACGUGAGCUUGCUGCUUUGCCAGCAAAUAAGCAGUGUUUCGAUUGCCAUCAGAGGGGGCCAACGUAUGUGAAUAUGACAAUUGGAUCGUUUGUGUGUACUUCGUGCAGUGGAAUACUGCGUGGCCUGAAUCCUCCUCAUCGAGUAAAAUCAAUCACCAUGACAACGUUUACACCGGAAGAAAUAGAACAGAUUAAGAGUAAAGGAAAUGAGUAUUGUAAGUACGUGUGGCUGGGCCUGUACGACUCACGCUGCCCCAUGGAGCCGGACUCUCGGGACGAACAGCGCACUCGAGAUCUCAUGAUACAGAAGUACGAGCGCAAGCGGUGGUACGUUGACCCCGAGGUGGCGCUCCACAAGAUGCAGCAAGAGCAGAGCACAGCACAGACACCUGUCCAGCCGGGUACCCCUACAGGGGUACCCGCCGACACCAAGCCACUCACUAGCCUCCUGGGCAAGAAUAGCUUGCCCCUAGUCGUUCACAGGUCACAGCCUUCCACUCCAAGUUCUGCAACAUGGCCAACUCCCAUUUCUUCUGCCGCAACGAUGCCGACAAAUCAGACGACGUUCAAAUCCAACGUAGAUAUCUUCAGUGCAUUUGGAAACGAUCCGUUCAGUUCGAAUUCUGUAGGAUCUACCCCUACAGUUCCUGCCAAGGUGGCCCCUUUCUCUGCCAACGGAAACUUUGCAAACUUCGAGAGCGCAUUCAAUAGAACGGCAACAUCGGAGCAGUCGGUCGCACCAAGUAACAACAAUGUCUGCAAUGGCUGCAACAACACUGCGGGAGACAGUGGGUUCGUGGCCAGCUUUCCUCCGCUGACGAGGCCACCCGGCCCAGUUUCUGCGCCUGUUGCCACGACAACGCCCGCGGCAGGGGAACCCACGAGUGGUGCGACACAAAUCAAAGUCCCGCCUGCGGACCGGUACGCAGCGCUAGCGGACCUAGACAACCUGUUCCACCAAGAAGCGGCCAUGACGUCUCCGCAGACUCCGCCUCAACCCCCUCCUGUGUCUUACGGCCCUGCCGUUCCAACAGUAGGCCCAGUCUUUGGAGGUGUGCCUCCUUCGAACCCUUUUGCGUCUGCAACAACCACGAUGCCCUGGGGCAUGAGCGGCGUGCCGUCACAACCAGCUGCUGCCCCUGCAGUAUUUUCCAACCCCUUUGAAGCAAUGGGUGCUCCUCCUCCUCCUUCAGCAGUGCCCUCUAACAUGGGAGGUCCCUUUGGAGGAGGCAUGGAUGGUGCUACUCCUCCUCCCCCACAAGGCGGAGUUUUUGGUGCUGCUCCUAACCUCCAUGUUCAGCAGCAGGCAUUUGUGACUCCCCAAAUGAACAAUGUGACAAGUCCUCCGAAUGGUGUUGUGCCGUCAGUGAUGCCAAAGGACGGCUACGGUGGAUGGGGAAACCAGGGUUCUCCGUGGGGAGCAUCGCAGACCUUACCACCCCCCGGCAAGGCUGCGCAACAGUUUGGUGGCUGGCACCUACAGCAAGCAGUCACCUCGCCCGCCAAUCCGUUCCUUAAUGCCCAGAUGCCAAGGACGAACUCGAGUAACCCAUUCCUCUGAUAACGGGCCUCAACAGAAACAGAAGGGGGGUGAUGUGCCCGCCCCCUGGCAUUUCUCGCUGCGACCGCCAGGGGGAAGCACGAUGCAGAAACAAAAAAAACGCUUUUCACCUGCUCCAUCUUUGUAGGCGCAUUGUCGGGACGAGGGUAGUCCUCCUCGCUUCCAGGGGGGUACUGUGACACAGGGGUGCAGCGUCUUUUCUAGUCCUUUAUUUUUGUUUGUCUUAUAAUUUUUUUUUUUUUUUUUUCUGCGAGAAAGGGGUGCGGUUGAGAGCUCGGACUGGACUGAAGAGAAUCGUGUAUUAUGUGAACGAGAAACAAUGUAGCAUUCCUCCAUAAAGUCAAACACCCAGCGCAAGGCAAUGGAAGGCGUGAAACGCAUUUCAAGUACAUCCUUCUGCGGGGGCCUUCGUGUGGGCGGUGCACGUUUAGAUUGUGUCGGGUUUUCCAAAUUCCACGUUGCACCUUCCAAGACUUUCGUGCAGACUAGCGGCGUCAUUGUAUGAUUUACUGCGCAGCAUUUUGUGACAAUUCGUGAUGCUGCAGGCAUCGGGAGUCGGGGGGGGGGGGGGGGGGUAUGCUCAUAAUUAGUCUUGAAUUUGCAAUGACCUUGAUAGGGUCGUUCCUGCUAAGGGCAGCCAGCGCACGGCCCUGUAACUUUAGCCAAACUUGGUACUUAACAUUCGUGAAUAGAGGCAUGCAACGAAGUGCUUGCAGACGUUGCAACACCUUAAUUGCUAAUUAACAGCUUAGUACCAGUCUCUUGCCCGACACAGUCUCAACAUGCAGCGCUAACGCAAAGGCAUCCCGUUGAAAACUGGUAACAACAUACUCUAUAUUUUCAUGCUUUUUUUUUCCUUUUUACACGUGGCCAGUCUGCCAAUGCCUGUUCUUCUAUAGAGAUUUGGUAUAUACUAUUGUGUUUGCACUCUCUUUACUUUGUUCCUCUUUUAGAUGCGUUGAUAAACUUGCCUCGAUCUACCGGUUGUGAUAGCGCGGAAAAGUCGCUCGUCGGCUCUACGAGGUCGUUCCAGACAGGUUUCUUUUACACCGUACCGCAUCAACGGUGUCUCCAAAUUUUUAGAGUGAGGGCAUUACGUGAAGGAGACUGGUUGGAUUUUAUUGCUCGCUGGUAAGACAGUAGCGCUAACCUGCCCUACUAGUUUGAGGGGAACCCUUGAAGUACUGAACUUUCAGAAAGUACAGAUGCUAUGGUGAUAACGUGUAUUUUUCCUCUAUGGCUCUGUUUGCAUACGUUGUGUGUGUACAUACUGAAUUGGUCUUAAAAAGAUACUAUGUAGAGAUAUACAUUAAACUGCUCUAUUUGCA